CAAAGUAGAUAGAGAUCGACUCAGAGAUAGAGAGAGAUGGCGGCGGCCGACUUCUUUAGCGUGGGCGAGUGCAAGGGCCAGAAGACCAUCGACGGCGAGCAGGUGCCGCUAGUCCUCACGCCCUCCGACGACGGUAAUGGCUACGAGGCGCUGGUGGAGGUGCUGAAGGCGAACCCCGAGUGGGUGGAGGGAAAGGUGGUGGCCAACAGCGGCGUGCUGCUGCGCGGCUUCGACGUGCGCGACGCCGUCGAGUUCAACGCCGUCGUGGAGGCCCUCGGGUGGCCGGACAUCCGGUACGUGGGCCCGGCCCCGCGCACGCACGUCCACGGUCGCGUCUGGACCGCCAACGAGGGGCCACUCGAGGAGUUCAUCUACUACCACCACGAGAUGGUCCUGAUCAAGGAGUUCCCGGGGAAGGUGAUCCUGUUCUGCGAGGUGCCGCCGCCGGAGGGCGGGGAGACGCCGUUCGUGCCGAGCUUCCGGGUGACGGAGCGCGCGCUGGAGGAGUUCCCGGAGAUGGUGGAGGAGCUGGACGAGAAGGGCCUCCGCUACACCUUCACGGCGCUGAGCAAGAACGACACCAAGUCCAUGCGGGGCCGCGGCUGGGAGGACGCCUUCGCCACCUCCGACAAGGCCGAGGCCGAGAAGAGGGCGCGGGCGCUGGGGAUGGACGUGGAGUGGCUGCCGGACGGCGGGGUGCGGACGGUCCUCGGCCCGCGGAAGCUGACGCGCGUGUUCCCGGGACGGAAUGGGCGGCGGAUGUGGUUCAACACGGUGGUGGGGAUGCACGGCAAGGAGCUGAGCUCGGCGACGUUCGCCGAUGGGUCCGAGAUCCCGGCGGGGUUCGUGCGGCGGUGCGGCGAGAUCAUCGAGGAGGAGAGCAUCCAGUUCCGGUGGGAGAAGGGCGACAUCCUCAUCCUCGACAACCUCGCCACGCUCCACGGCCGCCGCCCGUCGCUGCCGCCCCGGAGGGUCCUCGUCGCCACCUGCAAGUGA